UACACUCGCAUCCGGGAUAAGACUUUGUGUAGGAGGCGAUUCGACAGGGAAAAGUUUAUUUUGAAAUAUAAAGAGUAAUCGUUUCUGUUGGCCUAUCUCUCAAAAAAGGCAGAACAUUCGAGAUGUGACAUUUUUAGCAUACGAACGAUAGAAGAAAAAUGUGUAGGAAGAAGUUGAACGGAUAUUAAAUUGACUGCCUUUUUUCAGUGUGGACGUAUACAGAGCUGAAUAGUAGAGGACAAUGACGGAUCCUAGUGCGACUGCGGGUUUGGUGGUGCUGGGCGUGUUCCUUUUGUUGGUCAUCAUAGCUUUUGUCGUCGUGGUAUUCUUCGUCAUAAAGAAACUCAAAUUCCAACAUAAAGAAAUUUUAGAGCUGAAUGAACGGAUUGACAGUCUAAAGUCAGCAGAACAGGGUGAUGUUACCGUGGAAACGGACCGUGAUGUUGUGGUGUCCAGGACAAAACCAAAGGGAGAAAUGAGAGCGGACAGUGCAGUGGACAUGUGUGACACCUACAGCUUAAGUACACAUGGUAACAGUGUACACGGCAAUGACAUCACACAGGACCACUGUCCUGUAUCAAUCAAACCACAAUACACCAUCAAAAUUAAGAAUCGACACACCCUUAUGUUUGGUCCCCGAACUGCCAUGCCGCAAAUGGUGGCUUUGACGCAAGACUUUUCUCGCGGCGACGAAGAUAUCGAUGCUGUUACCUCUGUAGACGACAUCGACAUAGAAAGUGUCGACGAAAGCGACACGGUCGGUACGCUCACACCACUCUCUCGACAAUCUAUAUGGCAGGGUCGGCCGACUUCAUUUCUCAUGCAGACCCCAUCUGCAACCCCCGACACAACAAGCAAAGCUCUGUCACAUGAUAAGGGUGUCUUCGUUCACAAAAGUAUCGGUAAAGAUGGCGACAUUAUUAAGAUGUCUGGUGUAACGUUGGAAAUUCCCCCUGGUGCAUUGGAUGAAUCUAAAUUGAUAACAUUAGGAGUCACAUGGGAUGAAGCCCUUCUUCCUGAAUUAAAAAAGAAGCAAGCGCGUCUUAGUCCUGUGAUAGUAUGCCAACCUUGUAUACAGUUCACAAAACCGGUGAAACUGACAUUUCCCCACUGCGGUGUGAAGAUAAUAAGUGAUUGGAUACCACGGGUUAUUAAACGCCAGGGUAGUGUGGACGACACGGGAUCGGAGUGGACGAAUUUGACCCUGGACGAUUACGAGGAGAGAGAUGUUACUGAUUCUGAAGUAACUGUCAGUCUUAAACAUUUUACUUUAUACACACUGAUAGGGGAAUCAAAGCAAGGUAAAACGGCUGCUAAAAAAGUCAAGUUAAUCGCUUUCACGCCAACGCUUCAAUUAGGCGCUAUGUUCAAAACAAGAAUAUACUGCAUCAACGACUACGAAAAAGAAAUCAAGGAGGUAGAUGAAGUUGAGAAUAAGCUAGACGGAAGCAUGUCAAACGCACCAGUGCCUCUCCUUUUCCACGACAAUGGCGAGGACCUGACUGUAACCUUGAAGAAGGACACACGGGAAUGGAACUUGUGUGGGGACAAAUUACAGUAUAUGGACUUUGAGAGUGUUUGGCAUGCAAUGACUCCUUACUGCAACUUCGUAUUCGAACCUUCCGCUCCGGCCAACAACAAGAUCUACUGCGAAUUUGAGUCCCUUCAGCAGACAGUAGGGCGGAAGGUCUCCCUCCAAAUCUCGGCUGAACACGUGGCGCCAGUCAAUAAAUUGUCCCCUUACAUGGACCCGCGCCAAGAGUUAAACCGGAAGUUAAUCAUUCUAUUGGACCCCAAGACAAGCUCUGACGCAGGUGAUUUCCGGGAUUUGGCUUCCAAAAUGAACCUUGAUGGCGCACACGUGACUUACCUAGAGAGUCAGACAAAUCCAACAGAACAGUUAUUAAAACAAUGGCAGGAUGACAAACGGAGUCUACACGAACUCAAAAAGGUUUUGUUAGAAAUAAAUCGAUUAGACGCCGCCGAGGAAGUAGAACUCUAUAUGAGCAAAUAUUUGACCAGUGAUUAGGUCGUGAUGAUAAAUUACCAGUAAUCAUCUGAAAACCGCCAUUAAUAAUAUAUAUCUGUGAUAAGAAGUUGAUUAUGAAUGUCCCUUUACCUUCAAGUCCCUUACAAAGAUUAUCCAUCCCGAAAUCACACUACAAACACCUUGUCACUAUCAAUACUUCAUUUUAUGUAAUGUUGUAAAGACUAAUAUUAAUUGAUAUUUAGCGUCACAACAGUUUCAAAUCAUCCCAUCAAUCAACAUUAUCACAGAUAAUCAUAAUCCUCAAUGACAACGCCUCCCAUCUCUGACGUCACUUCAGACUAUAGCUCCCAUGUUUGACAUCGCUAUGAACUUCUUUAGCCAGCUCUGACGUCACCAUAUAUUACAAAUUCCCUUUUUGAUGUUUACAUAUAAUUAAACUCCUAUCCUCGAUGUCACUAUGGCUACAUAUCCAAAUAUGAGGUUACUAUAGAUUACAAAUCCCGUCUCUGACGGCACAACAUGUAUAUACUACAAAACUUAUGAAUUUUAACAAUGACUUAAACGGAUGUUUACUCCUAGAUAUGCGUAGUGGAUUUUCCAGUUUUAUUCCUUAUAUGAUAUAUAGAGGUUACACAACGAGUGGUGGUUGUUGUAUAUGGUAUUUCUUUCGCUGGACAUGGACCCGCGCCAAGAGUUAAACCGGAAGUUAAUCAUUCUAUUGGACCCCAAGACAAGCUCUGACGCAGGUGAUUUCCGGGAUUUGGCUUCCAAAAUGAACCUUGAUGGUGCACACGUGACUUACCUAGAGAGUCAGACAAAUCCAACAGAACAGUUAUUAAAACAAUGGCAGGAUGACAAACGGAGUCUACACGAACUCAAAAAGGUUUUGUUAGAUAUAAAUCGAUUAGACGCCGCCGAGGAAGUAGAACUCUAUAUGAGCAAAUAUUUGACCAGUGAUUAGGUCGUGAUGAUAAAUUACCAGUAAUCAUCUGAAAACCGCCAUUAAUAAUAUAUAUCUGUGAUAAGAAGUUGAUUAUGAAUGUCCCUUUACCUUCAAGUCCCUUACAAAGAUUAUCCAUCCCGAAAUCACACUACAAACACCUUGUCACUAUCAAUACUUCAUUUUAUGUAAUGUUGUAAAGACUAAUAUUAAUUGAUAUUUAGCGUCACAACAGUUUCAAAUCACCCCAUCAAUCAACAUUAUCACAGAUAAUCAUAAUCCUCAAUGACAACGCCUCCCAUCUCUGACUUCAGACUAUAGCUCCCAUGUCUGACAUCGCUAUAAACUUCUUUAGCCAGCUCUGACGUCACCAUAUAUUACAAAUUCCCUUUUUGAUGUUUACAUAUAAUUAAACUCCUAUCCUCGAUGUCACUAUGGCUACAUAUCCAAAUAUGAGGUUACUAUAGAUUACAAAUCCCGUCUCUGACGGCACAACAUGUAUAUACUACAAAACUUAUGAAUUUUAACAAUGACUUAAACGGAUGUUUACUCCUAGAUAUGCGUAGUGGAUUUUCCAGUUUUAUUCCUUAUAUGAUAUACAUUGUAUAGAGGUUACACAACGAGUGGUGGUUGUUGUAUAUGGUAUUUCUUUCACUGGAGUUAGUUGUUUUUCAAAAGUUACAAAAACACGAGCUUUCACGAGGGUUUUUUUGUAACUUUUGAAAAUAACUAACGUGAGUGAAAUAGAUACCAUAUACAACAACCACGAGUUUGUAUGACCUGUUUCUACCACAACAGAAAAGUUAUUCUGAGGAUGAAUUGACCUGAUUUGUGUCAACGCCUGUUCUUUUAACAAUAUCAGGUGUGGUGUAAGGAUAUGACCCAAUUUAAGAUACCGCUUAUUAAUAUGCAAUACUGGCAAAUUCGGAAAUGCAUGGAAAGAUUUUUGAUUUGUAAUGAAAUGAAUUCAUUACAAAUCAUAACAAACUGAUAAGUAGGUUUAUUCUUUCAACGCAAUAAAUUGAUAAAAAUCCUUUAUAUAUUUUCAAGAAUAUAACAAAACAAUUGCGAACUUCUUAUUGUGCGUUAUCAUUUCCAGGAAAUCGUGAAGCGGCCUUCAAGUGUUAGCCAAUCAAAUUGCAUUGAACCAUGUGAUUAAAAGAUAGUGCCGGUCAAAGGUCACCGUGUCAACCAACCAAAACACAUUUAGAGUUUAUUCCACGUGUUGUAUAAGCUGAAUGUUGUUCAUCAACUGUAAUGAUUAUUCCAUGCCUUGGUAAUAACGCCCACCUAAUGUGGUAGAAAACAUAUUUCCUCACUUUAAUAUUACUAUUGUAACUUUUGCAUGAGUGUGGUUCCGGUUCACUGUUUCCCUUUGCCAAUGAAAAUUGUUCAAAAAUCAGCGAUGCUUUUCCCGGACGCUUGGUAUUCUGUUUUCUUCCGUUUCGCUCACGCGGGUUAAAGCAGGUACAAAUGUUUCUACUUCCUAAUAACAUAUGAAGAAAAUAUUUUCCCUGCGUGUUACAUUAUACAAACAAAUCAUAGUUUUGAUAGCUCCUUCGAACUGUUGCAUGUAAGAUUAUGGCUCCAUUUCUCCAGCGCCUAAUACCACCAAUUUUAAUCGUCCUCAAGCUUGGCUCAAUCUCUGUUUGAUAUUACGUUGUAGUAGAGACUUUGUCUCUUCCUUAGUGUAUAGGUACUUCGAUAGACACAAAAAUGCUGGUGAUAUUGGGGUCGUAGAAAUGUUGAUGAUACAGGGAGGGAGGAAGACAGUUGUUUGCGGCAAAGGGAUGGAGAAAGAGAGACGGAA